GCUCCGCCUGCCUCACCUGCGCGUUACGUGCCCUGCGCCACUCGCCGGCAUCUGAGCAAUGAUCCCCACCGUCGUGGGUCUUCGAGGUGAAAGGGGCAGUGCCCAUGGGCCAGUUUAACAGCGGCGGAGGCAGGAUGAAGUAACCUUUAUCUGUCUAAAAAUUGCGGGAUAUUUUACUUCAAGUAAAGAACAUGGUGAAACUAAUUCACACGUUAGCGGAUCAUGAUGAUGAUGUCAACUGCUGUGCCUUGUCCUCUUCCCUCUUGGCCACUUGCUCCUUGGACAAAACAAUUCGCCUGUACUCCCUGAGUGACUUCAGUGAAUUGCCACAUUCUCCAUUGAAGUUUCACACCUACGCUGUCCACUGCUGCUGUUUCUCCGCUUCAGGACAUAUUUUGGCUUCAUGUUCAACAGAUGGUACCACUGUCUUAUGGGAUACUCAAAACGGACAGACUUUGGCAGUGUUGGAACAGCCCAGUGGUAGCCCCGUGAGGGUUUGCCGGUUUUCCCCAGACUCCACUUGUUUGGUAUCAGGGGCAGCUGAUGGAACUGUUGUUUUGUGGAAUGCACAGUCAUACAAGUUAUAUAGAUGUGCUAGUGGUAAGGAUGGCUCCUUGGUGGCCUGUGCAUUUUCUCCUAAUGGAAACUUCUUUGUCACUGGCUCCUCGUGUGGAGAUUUAACAGUGUGGGAUGAUAAAAUGAGGUGUCUGCAUAGUGAAAAAGCACAUGAUCUUGGAAUUACCUGCUGUGAUUUUUCUUCACAGCCAGUUUCUGGUGGAGAACAAGGUCUUCAAUUCUUUCGACUGGCAUCAUGUGGUCAGGAUUGCCAGAUCAAAAUUUGGGUUAUUUCCUUUACCCAUACCUUAGGUUUUGAAUUAAAAUAUAAAAGUAUACUGAGUGGGCACUGUGCUCCUGUGCUGACUUGUGCUUUUUCUCACGAUGGGCAGAUGUUAGUUUCAGGAUCAGUGGAUAAGUCUGUCAUAGUGUAUGAUACUAAUACUGAGGAUAUACUUCACACCUUGACUCAGCACACCAGGUAUGUCACGACUUGUGCCUUUGCACCCAAUAUCCUUUUACUUGCUACUGGUUCAAUGGACAAAACAGUGAAUAUCUGGCAGUUUGACCUGGAAACACCUUGCCAAGCAAAGAUCGCAGAAGAUCAACCAAAGCAAUUUACUGAAGAUUGGUCAGAGGAAGAUGUCUCAAACUGGCUUUGUGCACAAGGUUUAAAAGACCUUGUUGGUAUUUUCAAAAUGAAUAACAUUGAUGGACGAGAACUGUUGAAUCUUACAAAAGAAAGUCUAGCUGAUGAUUUGAAAAUUGAAUCUCUAGGGCUGCGUAGUAAAGUUCUGCGGAAAAUUGAAGAGCUCAGGACAAAGAUGAAAACGCUUUCCUCUGAAAUUCCUGAUGAAUUUAUAUGUCCAAUAACUAGGGAGCUUAUGAAAGAUCCUGUCAUCGCAUCAGAUCUGAGGUGAACUACUGAACAUUGUAUGUUUCUUAAUGAAUAAAACUGGAUGGAGCAGGUUUGGAUAAGAUUAGAGACAAAAGAAAUAAUCUUGACAAGCCUUACUUAAACUUGUGAAAUAUGUAUUUAGUUACUAGAAUGUAUAGUUAAAAUACUGUUUUUUAAGAUAGACUGUUGAGAUCUAUUAUAUUUAUUUUGUCUAUCAUGAAUUUAAACAACCUUACAGAAAUAAGAAUUUAAAGGAUAUAAAGUUACAUCAUUUCACAUUAAUUUCUAAUCUUUGUAAAUGAACACAGACAUACAUACUUUACAUAGUUGUACUCAGUGAAUCCAUAUCGUGCUUUUUAUUUUUAAGACUAUUAUAUACAUUUCUGAAUAUUGACUUAGUCUACAUAAUUUUCAGUGUUAAUAACUUUAUUCCACUGGAGCUCUAUGCUACAAUUUGACUCUUCUACUAUUUGGUGUAUGUAUAUGUUUGAAAAGCUUUAUAUUGUUAAUAGCAUUGUGCUGAUAUCUUGGUACUCCUUUCAUUGUGUUGUUACCAUUACUUAGGGGUAUUUUCGUGACAUGUGUUCCCCAAACCAGAAUUA